GGAGUUACGACGCGUGGUGCGAUGACAAUUUUAGGUUAGGUUCGACAGAGAACAACAGAAAAUUGGACUCGGACGGAACUGCCGAGCUAUGAUAGUUUCCGGGUUAUCGCCGGCUCUACGUAAGGUUGUGCAUCUUGCUCAGAGCUUCAGUCGGUAUCGCACGACCGAUCAGUGUCGAAUGUUUAAUAAAUGGCCGGAGACUGACAGCAACGACAAUAAAAAGCCGCGACCAAAAACAGAGCCGAUUCCGAAAAUCACACUCUUGUCGCUGGACAACUCUACCAUUGUGACCGUGCUGGAAGUGGCUCAGCGUUUGGCGAAAAGGCGCAACCUUACCCUCAUUAAGGUCAGCGACCUCGAAGAUAAGACGCAACGACCGCUUUAUAAGUUAGUGAAGACCGCCAACCUUCUCGAGGAGAUCGAAGAUACUCAGGAUACCGACAAGACCGCGCAGAAGUCGAGCAAGAUCAUUAAAUUAUUCUACAUAUCCGCGAAGAUCACUGAACAUGACUUAUGGACGAAGACGAAGAACAUGAUGAAAUUGUUGAACAAGGGUCACAAAGUCAAGGUUGCCAUCACUCUGGACGGUGCCGACGGAGGUAAGAUGCAAAGAGUCAUCGAGGAUGCUGUAAAAAAUGAUGGCAGUAUCCAACGAAUGUCAUCAAAGAAGAAUGUAAUUUUACUCUUAAUAAAUCCUUCACAUAAGAAUGAAGAUGUUUCUAUAAAUAAUAAAAAUGAGACUAACAAUUUCAGUUAAUAAUGAAAGAGGUACGUGAGAUUUAUUGAAUGAUAUAAAUAUAGACAGAUGAAAUCAGAAUUUAUUGUUGUUGACACAUGCAAAA